AAAAUGGCGUGCGAGUUUAGCAGCCAUUAACGAUCUUUUAGUUUUAAUUCCACCAAUAAGCCAUCUCUCCCCCUACUAUAGAGUACUUCUUUCUCACCUAAAUCUAGUACUCCUCUCCAGCCAUUAACCCUAAUUGCACGCAUAUAGUAUUCCCAUUAAACGUACAGUUUCUGCUCGCCAUGGGUUGCUCUUCCUCUCUUCCAGAUAGGACUCCCGGGCGGUUGACCGGCCCCAAUUCUGAGAAUGGCGGAGUGCUGGACCCAAAAAAUCUUCGGGUGAAGCUGGUAUUAUUAGGCGACUCUGGUGUUGGUAAAAGCUGUAUUGUUCUUCGCUUUGUUCGCGGUCAGUUUGACCCAACAUCCAAGGUAACCGUUGGAGCUUCAUUCUUAUCACAGACAAUAGCUUUGCAAGACUCCACAACAGUUAAGUUUGAAAUAUGGGACACUGCUGGACAGGAGAGAUAUGCAGCAUUGGCACCACUUUACUACCGAGGUGCUGCAGUUGCAGUUAUUGUGUAUGAUAUAACUAGCCCAGAGUCAUUCACCAAAGCACAAUAUUGGGUUAAGGAGCUACAAAAACAUGGAAGCCCUGAUAUAGUCAUGGCCUUAGUUGGUAACAAAGCCGAUCUUCAGGAAAAGCGGGAAGUACCAGUUCAGGAAGGCAUUGACUAUGCAGAGAAGAAUGGAAUGUUUUUUAUUGAGACAUCUGCAAAGACUGCAGAUAAUAUAAAUCAGCUGUUUGAGGAAAUUGGGAAGCGAUUACCCCGACCUUCUCGUGAUUGAAGAAAUUUGAAACUGAAUAAAAAAAAGAGCAGGUCAAGUUGUGGGAGCACUUUUAUCUGCCUGUAAUAUUCAUCAGUUUGUGUAUAUGGCUAUAUGUGCUAGACAUACCUUGCGAUUUAUUUUUCUGUGCUCCUAACUAAGUCAUUUCAGUUGGGGCUGUAAAACUCAGAAUUACACUAUCCAUGCAAGACAGCUUGAACA